AUGGCGUCCAAUGGCACGACCUCUUCCUUUUGUCUGGACCCUGCUGCGUUGAAGAUCACCGUCAGCGUGGUCCUCACCCUCUUCAUCCUCAUCACCAUCGCCGGCAAUGUAGUCGUCUGCCUGGCGGUGGGCUUGAACCGCCGGCUCCGCAGUCUGACCAACUGCUUCAUCGUGUCCUUGGCCAUCACUGACCUACUCCUCGGCCUCCUGGUGCUGCCCUUCUCUGCCUUCCACCAGCUGUCCUGCAGGUGGAGCUUCGGCAAGGUCUUCUGCAAUAUCUAUACCAGCCUAGAUGUCAUGCUCUGCACGGCCUCCAUCCUCAACCUCUUCAUGAUCAGCCUCGACCGGUACUGCGCCGUCACAGAUCCCCUGCGCUACCCCAUGCUGGUCACCCCUGUCCGCGUCACCAUCUCCCUGGUCCUAAUUUGGGUCAUCUCCAUCACCCUAUCCUUCCUGUCUAUCCACCUGGGGUGGAACAGCAGGACUGAGCCCAGCAGUGCCAAUCACACCAUCCCAAAGUGCAAAGUCCAGGUCAACUUGGUGUAUGGCCUGGUGGACGGGCUGGUCACCUUCUACCUGCCUCUGCUGGUCAUGUGCAUCACCUACUACCGCAUCUUCAAGAUCGCGUGGGAUCAGGCCAAGAGGAUCCAUAACGUCGGCUCCUGGAGGGCAGCCACCAUCAGGGAACACAAAGCCACAGUGACCCUGGCAGCCGUGAUGGGGGCCUUCAUCAUCUGCUGGUUCCCCUACUUCACCGUCUUUGUUUACCGUGGGCUGAAAGGGGAUAAUGCCAUCAACGAGACCUUCGAAGCCGUGGUUCUGUGGCUGGGCUAUGCCAACUCAGCCCUGAACCCCAUCCUGUACGCUGCUCUGAAUAGAGACUUCCGCACAGCAUACCAGCAGCUCUUCUGCUGCGGCCCCACCGACCACGGCACCCACAGAACUUCUCUGAAGUCCAACAGCUCUCAGCUGACGAGGAUUCCAAGCCAAGGACCCAGGUGGCAGGAAGAGAGGCCCCUGAGGCUCCAGGUGUGGAGUGGGACAGAGGUCACGGCCCCCCAGGGAGCCACAGACAGGAAGCCAGCGAUGUCCUGCACCCUGUGCUCCAGCAAUCUUCUGAGCUGCUGCAAGAGCCUGUGGGCGCUUAGGUUCCUCCAGAGACACAUGGGAGGCCCCUUGGAGGAGCAGCCGGGAGAGCCACUGUCUGAGGAGCUGCUAAGGACACUAGCCCAGGAAUCGGUGAGGAUGCUGCCCUCCGAGGCUGUCUAG